CGUAAACUAUUUUUGUUUUCCUUUAGACUUUUCAACUUUAAUAGUUUAAUAUGACGUAGAUUUCUGAGAUUUUUCAUAGAUAUUUAAGACUUAUAAAAUCUAAGAUAUUUCUAAGUUAAUGAAAACGAUAUGAAUCAGAAUAUYCACGGAUUUCUCCUGUCAAUUAUAUGAAACAAAAAAUUACCACAUUUGCCAUUCACCUAUUAAAAAUGGAACCGUUGAUGCCAUCUGAAAUAGCUCGUYUAGUAUAUGGUUAUCUAAAGAAAGAAAAAAAUKAAGAAACUGCUAAUUGUUUUUUAAAAUCCUCUCCUUGUUUAACUGAAUGUUAUCAGAUGUUUAAAAAUAACAGAAACUUCAAUAUAAAAGUGAAUGGGUUCAAUUUACAUGAUAUAUUUGAAAUUUUUGGAACUAUGUGUAGCAUGAUUGAAAAACGAAUAUCUAAAGCAUAUGAAUCGAAAACAUUAAUUGAGAAGUUACAGUAUUUACUAGAUUCAGAUCAUACAUCAACCAAAGAAGAUAAAUCUUUUGAGACCAAAUUAAAUAUGGUUGACAAAUGUGUUGGUAAUACAGUUCAUACUAAAGAUCAGGGUACACAUAUUUCAAUUAGUAUAGAAGCAAAUAAAAGUACACCUGAAGAUUCAUUAGAAAUUCCAUUGUUUACUGAGAUAAUUUCUAAUAAUGUUUCUAAAACGAAAGAAAUAGAUAUAUUUAAUAAUGAGACCAUUAUAACCAAUGAGGAAAACUCAGGCACAUUUUCUUCACCCUGUUUAUCUUCAAUGACACAUUUAAUAAAUAAUAAUGCAAGCACAACAUUUUCCAAAAUUGACAACAAAGAAUCUCCAAUAUUUCAAAUCCAUAAACAUAUGUGUAGUACUCCAGAAAAAAAAUAUGAUGGAACAAAAAUAAAUAUUGAGUCAAUGCUACAAUGUAGUCCAAAAAAUAUUCAUAAUUCAAUUUCUGUUGGUCAGGCUAAACAUCAGAAAAUACCUGAAGCGACAUCACUUGACUCUAUGCCAGGAUUAUUUAAAGAGGAUAGGAUAAAAGAUGGUUCAAUUAUUAUUGAUACUGGUGAAUUAGUUGAUACAUUUCUGAAUGACCAAAGCUUGUUGGAAAAAAUUGCUGAUACUAUCAAUAAAUGUUUUGAAGCUCAAAAAGAAAUAGAAAGUGUCUUAGAUUCUUCUACACUUGAAAAAGCAUUAGACUCUGCUCAGUCUGAUCCACAAAUCAAAAACAUACUGGAUGAGUUUUUAGUUUUAAAUGUUGACAAUGCUGAAUUUAAUGAAAAACCAACUACUAAUGUUCAUCCAGACUCAAUCAAAUCCCGUCUACGUAGUGCCAAGAAAAAAAAUGAUGUACCAUACAAAUUAAAAAAGAAUGAUUUUAACACSCCAAAACAUAUUGUUUAUGGUAAUGAAGAAUGUAUGAAAGUUGACAAUAAUAUUGUAUUGAUACAUGAAGGUAAUAUUAGAACAACAGUUCUUCAUAAUUAUGAUUUGUUAUCAAAUCAAUUAGUUCUACAAUCAAGUGACUUAUAUAACUUCGACUCAACUAAAAUAGAACCAGUUAAAGAAGAAGAAGAUUAUUUAUCCAAAACAAACUAUGUGAAAAUUGCUCCUAAAAUAACUCCUAUGUUAAAAAUUCAGCAAGCUCAUGAAAAACAUAUAUUUCCAAAACAAAGAAAACACCCAUUUGAAGUUCCUGGAACAGAGAGCAAAUUUAGGAGAACAAAUAUAACUUCUAAACAACCACCUGUUGAAAUUCCUAAACCAAUUAUUAUUGAAGUUCCKAAUCAAUGUUCAUUUAAAACUCAAGAAAAAAAUCAUACAGAAAUUAAUAAUAUUAUAAAAUUACCUGGAGUUUCAUCCAAAGUUGAUGAUGUGAUUGUUCACAAUACACCAGUUGRUAGACUAGAACCCUCGAAAAGUAAAAGUGUGAGUACACCUCGUAGAAGAAGCACUCAUAUAAGAUCUUUAGAUUUUAGUACUCCACAACCAAAGAAUAUAACUCAAAAUCAGGCUCGUUCAAAACUUCUGUAUGAUACACCAAAAAGAAUUGAAAAAUGUUCAGAAGAACCUUCACCUAGUCCUUUACCAAUACUGCAAGCUGAYUGGGGUUCAAUUAAUGGAUUUGAAUCAAUUGUUAAGAAAGAUAGUGUUAAACACUGGGAUACAGAUAUUAGAGAAAUGGUAGGGGCUGGAAUAUUAACAUUGGAUGCUGAUGGAAGAAAAACAAGAAGAAAAAAAAUCCCAAGGAAAAAAAUUAAACCUGUCAAUGAUCAAAAUAAAUCCAUAGUAUUGCUUGAAGAACAAAAUAAAUCUUGUUAUGAUUCAAUUACAACAAAUGAAUUAUAUACUGAUGUCUCAAAUAUUACUGAAAACACUAAUGGCGGUUUAAAUGAGCAAGAUUCUAGUAGACCACCACAAGAUGGCCAACAGUCAUUAAAUAAGCAGACAGGAUUUCCUUUUUCAUUAGAACCUUAUAAUAAUAUUACAGAAUUACAUGAUAAACAAUCACCAGUUAAAUURGAUGUUUUGAAUACAUUUAAAAAUCAGAUUAAAUUUCCUUUAUCAUCGGAAAUUCCAGAUAAAACUUCAGAAUUGAAUACUGAAGAACAGUCAGUUAAAUCCGAUUCUUUAAAAAAUUACAUUAAUGAAAAAUUAUUGAAAAAGCAAAGUGAAUUCAUAAACUCUUCAGAAACUUCAAAUGAAAUAACCGAGUCUAAUAAUAAACUACAUCUCAUUGAUACCUCAAAUAAUCAGAGUUUAAUUAAAAUCAACCGGGAACAGUUCCAUGCUAAUAUUAACAAACAGAAAAAUAAUCAAAAUCAAUUAAUUGAGUCUUCUAAUUUAAAAACUUUGCGGAUAAAAAAAAAUCAGGAAAAAGAUCCUAACAUUUUGAAAUGGUUUAAUAAUUUUAAAUAUUCCUUAACAGAAAAGUCAAAUGAACCAAGKAAAAACUUAAAAGAACAAGGUUUACUUAAUAAAACUGAUACAAACAACUCAAGAGAAUUAAAAAGUCCUACAAAAAGUAUUAGUAUGGAACCAGUUAAGCUUAAUCCAGUUGAUGAAAUUUCAUACAAAUGUGAUGAUGCUGCCAUUGAUGUAUCCAAAAAUCCUAUUUCAAAAAUAAAAUAUGAAUACAAUCUAAGUAAGCCAUAUAAGGAAGAACAUUAUGAUGAUUCAUUGACAGGAACAUCUUCAAUUAAAGUAUUUAAAGAAACAUAUUUAAAUAAACCAAUUUCACUACUUCCUACUGCUCCAGUAAAUUCAAAGUCUGUUGAUACUAUGAUUGUGUCAGCAGAACAGAAUUUUAUUGAAACCUCAAACAAUACUAGUUGUCAAAUUAUCAAUAAGACAAAAAAAGAUAUAAUUGAAUGUACACCUUUAAAAUCAAAAGAAAAACUUUUUAGUAAAUCUAAAAUAACAGAUUUAUUAAAAAAAAAAAGCAUUAGAGCAAAAAAAAAACAACUCUAUGAGUCUGUUAAAGUUGAGCUAUUUGGAAGUGAAAUUUCAUCGAGUUCAAGUUCACAUGAAUUAUCUAAUACUAAUGAACAGCCCAAAUCAAUAAUUAUUAAUAAAAAACCUCAAGAUGAAAAGAAAAAAUCUGGUUUCAAAUACAUAUCCAAAAACAAAUCAAUUAAAUCUAUGUCUAUUGUAAAUGGUAAUGGUAUUAAAAAUAAUUUGUCAAAUGAAUUAAACAUACAACCAUCCAUAAAACCAAUAAUARUACUACCCAAAGAUAAUAAUGAAAACAAUUCAGAAGAAAUAAAGAAUAAAAGUUCAAAAACAUUAAAAAAGUUCAUGGUACAUUUUGAUGACCCAGUAGAAAAAUUAUUUAAUUUGUCUAAAAGUCCUAAUCUAUAUAAAUCCCACAACAAAAACAUUGGUAAAAUACAAAAACGUACCACAGUUAAUGACAACUCAGAACAGUUGAUUGGGUUAAGUAGAUAUUUGAACAAAAGAUCGUCAACAAUUUAUGACUAUAGUCCAAAAGGAAAAACAAACAAAAAAAUUAAACCCAGGGUUAAGACCAUCAAAUUAAAUAAAGGUGAUUCUAACAUUAAUUCAAAAAUGUAUGAUGUAGAUGGAUCUAGUAAGAAUCUAUUAUCAAGUGAUUGUAGUGACAAAAGAACAACCCAGGGUAUGAACAAUCAUGGAAUKAAAUUAUCUGAGAAUUGUAUAACAGAUGUAAAUAAAGUACCUUAUGGGAUUGAAAAUAAUGCAACUCAUAAAAAAUCCAUUUCACCAUUGGAGUCUGUAAAAACUAUGACUAUGGAUGACAACAUAUCUAUAACAAAAUGUAAUUCUAAUGAAAAUAUUAACAUCAGUCUUGACAUACCUGAAUCACCUAUCAUUAAUUACAAUAGCAGUGUUAAUAAUACUUCCUGUGUUACUGUUGAACAUGAUGAUGCUACCUUUGAUGUUCGGAUUAACCAAAUCUAUGAUCCACUAGACAAUAUUGAAUAUUUAAAAAAGUCAAAGGUUUAUGAAGUCAUUACUGAAGAUGGUGACCAUAAGAUGGUUUAUUUAAAUUUAUCAGAAACAUUUGAUUUUCUUGAAAUACUCUCAGAAUUAAACAAUGUGCAGUUAUCUGAUCAAAUUACCCCACAGUUGAUGACAACAAAUAAAAUGUUUGACACCAACCUGGAAAUGGAAAGUGGUGAAUUGAGGKAUGAUGAAGAAAUAAUCAUAUCAGUGUCUAACACUCCUAAAACCGGCGAUGAAAUAAAAAAUGACAAAGACAAUAGAGCCAGAAGAAGCCCCUCCUUUUGGGAAGACUCAGUUCAUAUUCCUACUAAUGUGUCCAAAGUUGAACAUCAACGGUUGCUGACAAAUGUUGAUGUUGAUGAUUUUUUGUCUGUUGUACAUGGUAGAAAAUAA